CUGCCACCACGCAGAGGGCAAUUGCAGUCAAUGACGACCAUCCCUGGGAGUCCCUCUACUUACCGCAACAACCCGGUUGCCUUUUGACUCCAAAUGCCCCCCCGCGGCCUACCCCGCUAUCUCACGGCCGUCAUCACAGCAUGUGCGCGCUCUUCAUGUCGCACGGGAGUCUCUCGGUCACUAACGAUACUUGCGGCGACCCUGUGCCUUAGGAGUCCCAUGACCUCCUGUCAAUGACCGCCGCGUAUGAAGGAGAUCGCCAUGAUGAGUCACCCCAGGCCUGAGCCAGCUCGACAUAUAUGUAAUAGAGUCAGAGCCGUCCCCAUACAAUCUCACUUUGCUUCCAACAUCUUCAUACCCGAAUACAACAGCGAAGCAUCAUCCAUCAUCCGCCGUUCAUGUUGUUCACCAACAAGUCAUCCGACAGACCGAAACCUUCUCGCUGUGCGCCCGACAGGGACAGCAUACCAACACUCGAAAGCCUCGGAGUCGAGCUUCACCCCGACGCGGCAAAAUAUGUGGAAGACAGCGAGGCCUUGGCUAACGCUAUCGGUGGAAAAACCCUCAAGGAUGUCUUUGCGAACCCGUUGGUCGUCGCAGCUGCUUUCAGUACCUGCAUGGGCGGCCUUCUCUUUGGAUUCGAUCAAGGCAUCUUGUCGAUCGUCUUGACCAUGCCCCAAUUUCUGUCCCAGUUUCCCGAUGUAGACACAGACGCCUCAUCAUCUGCCGCUUUCAACAAAGGUAUCAUGACUGCGCUCUUGGAGCUCGGCGCUCUCAUCGGGGCUUUUCAAGCUGGAUUUGUGGCAGACAGGUUCUCGCGCAAAAAAGCUAUAGCUCUUGGAUCUUUGUGGUUCAUCAUCGGCAGUAUCAUCCAGACCGCGUCCUUUUCCUUUGCCCAGCUCGUCGUCGGCCGCUUCAUCGGCGGUCUUGGUGUCGGUCUCUUAUCUGCCGUAGCGCCCAUGUACAUCUCCGAAGUGGCUCCGCCAAACAUUCGCGGAGCAUGCCUCGCUCUAGAAGGUGCUACUAUCGUCAUCGGAAUUGUUGUCAUGUUCUACAUCACUUACGGCACCCGUCACAUCCCAGGAGACUGGAGUUUCCGACUGCCCUUCCUCAUCCAAAUGGUCCCUUGUAUCUUUUUAGGCAUCGGUCUUUACAAAUUACCAUACUCCCCCCGAUGGCUCGCCCAAGUUGGUCGAGAUACUGAAAGCCUAGCUUCCCUCGUCCGUCUCCGGCGCCUGCCCGCCACAGACCCUCGAGUACAGGCAGAAUGGAUCGCCAUCCGGGCCGAGGCGAUACACAAUAGGGAAGUCAUUGUCAAAGCACACCCCAACAUUCAAGGGGACGAUCUCGUGUCGGAGAUCAAGCUAGAGAUUGCGGGGUGGGUGGACAUGUUCAAGCCAAACCUGAUUCGGAGGACAUCGAUUGGGAUGUUUUUGAUGCUUUUCCAACAGUGCAUGGGUGUCAAUGCUCUGAUCUACUACUCGCCUACCCUAUUCGAGCAACUCGGACUGGAUUACGAAAUGCAACUCGACAUGAGCGGUGUGCUCAAUAUCUCACAAAUGGUCGCCACCAUCAUCGCCUUCUUGAUUCUCGACAGAGUGGGCCGACGACCGCCUAUCCUCUUCGGCUCGAUUGCUUGCGUCAUCUGCCACACCAUCGUAGCCGUCUUGAUGGGACUCUACAGCAAAGACUGGACCAGUCACUCUUCAGCAUCUUGGGCAUGUGUGGCGUUCAUCAUCAUCUUUAUGUUUGUAUACGGUGUUGGGUGGUCUCCCAUCCCAUGGGCAAUGCCUGCCGAGGUCCACACGUCAAGCCGUCGUGCAAAGGGCGUAGCGAUCACAACCUGUACCUGCUGGCUCUUCAACUUUAUCAUCGGUCUCAUCACGCCGCCCAUGCUGCAGAAUAUCGGGUACGGCACCUUCAUCUUCUUUGGCACUUUUGCGCUCUUGUCGGGUAUCUGGGCUUGGUUCUUUUGCCCUGAAACCAAUGGAAAGACGUUGGAGCAGAUGGAUGAAGUCUUCCACAGUAACACCGCCCACCAAGACCUUCUCGACAAAUCCGAGAUUCAAGCUGCUGUCAUGGGCAUGACAACCACACCCAAACGCAACUCGGGCAUCUUCAACCAGCCAGGCGACAAGCUGGGUGAGAAAGAUAUCCAGCAAGAGUGGGUGGAAAAUGUAAGCGUAUAGGCUGUUGGUAGACACGUCCAAUUCUAAAGCGGACCCGUUAUGUAGUAAGACUGCUAUUUGAAUAGUCUUCUGUGACUCUGUGCUAGUUGUAUCCGAUAACAUGAAUUAAG